AUGACUACCGAGGAAUAUGUGUCCGAGUUUAGAGAGAUUAUCUCAAAGACAGCUAGCCGAGAAGAUCUGAAUAUUGUUUCGUUACUGAUGUCUGACUCCGAUUAUUUCAUGGAGAUUGUCAGAAACAAGUACAGUUCAAAACACGUGCAAAAGCUCCUUGGAGACAUGGAUGCAAUAUUCUACGCCGCUAUCUUGCACCAGUUAUACGACAUCAUGACCGAUAAGUACGCAUCCUACGUGGCCAUAGGAGCUAUGCUAGUUUUUGACACGAUGGAGAAUGAUCACGUACUCUACUACGCGCUCGACAUAGCUGUGAUCAGUACGGAUGCAUCGCCCUCAACGUGGUUAUAA